AAAUGAAAAAGUAUUAUCAAGGAUAAGCAUGUUGCUGUUGCAUUCUCUCUUCAUUUUGGGUAAAAGGAGGAGAAAAAAAGAAGAGAAGUUGAUUUUGAGUUCUAAAUCCAAAUGUUGUUUUUAGAUGCUAUAAAGAUCUUGAUUGGUGCACGCGAAAUCUAAUCAGAAUCCAGCAGGAAGAAGAAGAAGAAGAAGAGGAGGAGGAAGAAGAAGUUCUUCAAUCUUCCUCUUCUAUUUGUGCAGCUAAAUUUUAUUAAGUCAACGCCUGAGAGCAGAAAAUCUAGUUGCUCUGCACCGCCGGCGGCGAUGUCGGUGGCCGGUGGGUUGGAGUGGGUGGUGUGCCUCGGCUGCUCCCGGUGGGCGUGGAAGCGGCUCACCUAUAUAGGCGCCUACGACAGCGAGUCGUGGCCGCCGGCGACGGCGGCCGAGCUGGAGCCCGCCCCGCGCGCCGUUCGAGCCGUCCUCGCCGUCUACGCGCCCGACGGCGACGUGGCUGACCCCCGCUUCCGCAUCGACCCCGCCGGCGUCGUCAAGCGCGUCGCCUACGACGAGAUCCCCGACGGCCGGUGCCCGACGUACCUGAUCUACGCCGAUCGCCAGUACCGGGAGGUGGUCCUCGCCGUCCGCGGCCUCAACCUCUUCCGAGAGACCGACUACCAGGUGCUCCUCGACAACCACCUCGGCCAGCAGAUGUUCGACGGCGGCUUCGUCCACCACGGUCUCCUCGACGCCGCCAAAUGGCUCCUGAACCGGGAGGCCGACACGCUCCGACAGCUUCUCGCCGAGCUCGGCCCCGACUCCAAGCUCGUGUUCUCCGGCCACUCGCUCGGCUCCGGCAUCGCGUCGCUGAUGACGGUGAUCGCCGUCAACCACCGGGAGCAGUUCGGGGGCAUUGCCAGGAGCCAAAUCCGAUGCUACGCCAUCGCCCCCGCCCGGUGCAUGUCCCUCAACCUCGCCGUCAAGUACGCCGACGUCAUCAACUCCAUCAUUUUGCAGGAUGAUUUUCUACCAAGAACACCGACGCCAUUGGAAUAUAUCUUUGGAUCUAUCUUUUGUGUCUGUUUCCUUUUGAACAGUUUGCCAUGCUUCUUAGUUUUGGUGUGCAUGAGAGAUACAUUUGUUCCAGAGAAGAGAAAGCUCAAUGAUCCAAGGAGGCUUUAUGCUCCUGGUCGAAUUUACCAUAUCGUCGAGAGGAAAUUUUGCAGAUGUGGAAGGUAUCCUCCUCAGGUCAGGACUGCCAUUCCUGUCGAUGGAAGAUUCGAACACAUUGUUCUAUCGUGUAGCACCACUGCGGACCACGCGAUCGUGUGGAUCGAACGGGAAUUACAGAAGGCAGUAGAUUUACUGAAGGAUUCGGAUCCAACAAGGCCUCCACUGCAACAAGCAAUGAGCAGGAAGCUGAGUCUUGAACAAGAGCACAAGCAUGCCUUAGAAAGAGCAGUGACCUUGAACAUUCCGCACGCCGUGGCCUCGACUGGGGAAGAGUCCAGUGAAGCCACCGGCAGUGGCCGUGAGAGUCACCGAGGCGUGGCUCCAGGCGAUGGCUCGAGAUCGAGUGGCAGAGCUAAGUGGGAUGAGUUGGCAGCAAGCCUAUUUGCGAGGAAUGAGUCAGGGGGGCUUGUUUUGAAGAAUGACUUGGAGGCGGAGAGCUAGGAGGCCUUCUUCCUUUCAUCAUUUCGGCAUUUGUUUGUUCAUAAUCGUGCAUCAUUUAUUGGGGUUUUGUCGAAUGUAAAAUGAGAGGGAUCAUAUGGCCCGUCGUUGAUAGAUUUGUUUGAUGAGAAAUUUUAUAA